CCACCAUCGACGAUGGUUGGCGCCAAUGCCUCCACCAUAGCGUUCACUCAGGAUUUCUCUCAUACUACUCGUCCUGAUACCCUCACACUCCUCCUGCUCUCCUUUACGACUCUCAGCGCGUCAUAUUACAGUCUAGCGCCGCGAUAUGGCACGCCCAAGCAAACCUCAUGGAUAUUAACCACCGUCUCCAGCGCCGUCAUGACCAUUGCCAGUCUUCCUUUUUUGUAUGAUUAUUUCUCGUACGGCGGCAGCGUCAAGCACGUCCGUACUCUCCCCAUGCUAUCCAUUGCUGCUACCAGGUUUUUCCAAACUUAUCUUGCUGUCGAUCUGGUCUUAGGAUCUGUACAUUACCCAUCUCAACUUCAACUCGUCACCGGCUGGAUUCACCAUGCCUUGUAUAUCAUCAUAGUAGAACUCACUAUCAAGCGGUCUUGGACCCACAUUUUCUGUCUGUGCGCAGCCAUGGAGAUCCCUACGUUCGUUCUCGGAUUCACGAAUCUAUACCCCCACCUUAGAAGUAACGUCUUCUUCGCGGUCUCCUUCUUCCUCACACGAAUCCUAUUCCACAUCAUCCUCGCCAUUUCUUACCUCCUGCCACACAACAGGCACCACACCACCGGCGGCUCUUUCCUCCCCGCCGGCCUCCUCGCCAUGAUCUUCCCCAUGCACGCCAUGUGGUUCCGCGGCUGCAUCAAGGGCUUUCAGCGGAGAAGAGCGGAAUCUAGAGCAGCAAAGGCCCCACCACCAUCUGUCAUUGAGCUUGACAUUUAUCCGGAGAAGAACAACUUGAACGAGUCACCCGCUCCGCUAGAGUUUUCAACGCCCUCAGCUAAGCUGAGGCAGAAAGUGUAUGGCAGUGAACUACACUUUAAUAGCGUCGACGCUCGUUCGGGAAGGACUACCAAGACUUCAGUCGUUUUGACGCGUAUUUAUGGAUCCAUCCCUCCAAGGGAGGUUGUUUACGAUUAUGUUGGUCUGGGGAGACUUCGCAGUAAGCAGGCUCAGUAGGGUACAUGGUAUACCUUAUCACGUUCAACACGUCGUAGAUAAUAUACCCAUAUGUAUUUUCGCAGAGGUGUUGCUUCAGAAAUUUCAAAUUGCUGAAAGUGCUU